GUAGUUUGUGUCUGCUGAAGUUGUAUCGAUUGUCUUGGCGUUUUCGAAGAAAACACAGUCUUUUACUCUUGGGUCAUCAACUCGCAUCAGGAAGAAAUUCAGCAAGUAUGAUUUCAACACCUGAAAAAAUCUGCAGCGUACUGAAAGACUAAACCAUUUAGCGCACGUUGUUGUAUCUCUAACAUUCAUGCAAAACAUAAACAUUCACGCUUACCACCACCAGCACACGCAUGCUCCACAGAGGACCGACUUCUGAAUGCAGAACCGAAGACCUCAUCAGAUCGAGCCAGAAGCAAGUGCCGAAAACUACAGCGUUUUUGAAGAACAAGUAGAGCAGCGGCAUCAUCAUCAACAACACUAAGAGUGCAAGUUUCCGACGCAAAAAUCUCGACAACACUACCCUCGGCGCCAUGUACGUAGUAAAACGGGACGGAACGCGCGAAAAGGUCGCGUUCGACAAAAUCACGCAACGGCUACACAAGCUUUGCUUUGGUUUGAACAAGGAGUACCUCGUCCCGGAAAAAAUCGCGCAAAAAGUGGUCGAAGGCGUUUACGAUGGCGUCCACACGUGCGACUUGGACAACCUGGCCGCGGAAACCUGUGCGUACAUGUCCCAGAUGCACCCGGAUUUCAGCCUACUGGCCGCCAGGAUAGCGAUCAGCAACCUCCAAAAAAUGACAAGUCCAUCGUAAAAACUACUUUUAAAUGUUUUUUGUCCUUUACGUUUUUUUCGUAUUUGAUAUGCUUGACUGAUUUUCAUCUCCUGAUGACGUUGAGGUUUCGACAUUGAAAAAACAAUAGAUCGCGCUGCUCUAUUGCUUGGCUCAAUCAACAAACCCACAGGUUCGAAACCACCUGCAAGACGCUAUUUUUCUACACGGACGAAGGGGGCCGGGAUUGCGCACUGCUUUCGAAGGAGUACUUUGAUUUCUGCAGUCAGCACUGGGACCAAAUCCAAGGCGCAUUGAAAUACGAGCGGGAUUUCACCUACGACUACUUUGGUUUCAAGACUCUGGAGCGGAGCUACUUGUUGAGGGUGGACGGCAAGAUCGUCGAGAGACCACAGCAUUUGAUUAUGCGCUGCGCGCUGGGGAUUCACAUGGGCGACAUCGAGUCUGCAUUGGAGACUUACGACUGGAUGAGUCAGAAGUUCUUCACGCACGCCACUCCAACGCUUUUUAACGCAGGUAUGAGCGUAUAGGUCUACCAUCUAAGUUUUUCACUAAAGAACAAUGGAAGGAAGGAAAAAAAUAGAAAGUCGCCCACGGAAAGUCAAGGAACAAUUAAACUGUGCCCAAGUGCCUUCUAGACCUGCUUGCUGCGAAUUUAUGUCACCAGGUACACCGAAGAACCAGAUGUCUUCCUGUUUCCUUCUUUCCAUGUAUCCACAGUAAAUUUCCCGUACACGUACAACUGCGGCCUCUGCAUGACAAAACUUGGCAUCGAUCCUAGUUUAGCAUGACAAGUCUUCAGCUCCAAAUUGGUAGAAUUUGUGAUGCAUCUUGUACAUGUACGGGAAAUUUGUAUUGCAUACCAUGGUCUCCGACAGUAUAGAUGGGAUCUACGAUACCCUGAAACGGUGCGCGAAAAUAUCAAAGUCUGCCGGCGGCAUCGGCGUAGCGAUUUCGAAUGUGCGAGCAAGCGGAAGCUACAUCCGGGGAACCAACGGUUACAGCAAUGGAUUAGUCCCGAUGCUCCGAGUUUUCAACGACACGGCCCGAUACGUCGACCAGGGCGGGGGCAGGAGAAAAGGCGCGUUUGCGGUACUACUAUGCAUACUCUAGAUGAAGUUUUGACAAAACUACGAAAAGUUUGUAGGUCGAAUUGUUUAUGCUGGAUCGACAAUUUUUUUCGGAGUGAAAUUCCCAAGACUGUUUUCCACGAACAGAUGUACCUCGAGCCGUGGCACGCCGAUGUGUUUGACUUCCUGGAAUUGAAGAAGAACCACGGGAAGGAGGAAAACCGAGCGCGAGACUUGUUCUACGCACUCUGGAUUCCCGAUUUGUUCAUGAAGCGCGUCAUGGAUGCCGGGGACUGGACGCUUUUUUGCCCCGAUGAGACCAGACACCCGGAGACGAAGAAAACUCUGCAAGACUUGUGGGGCCCGGAGUUCGAGGAAAGAUACGUGGAACUGGAGAAAGCAGGUACUUACAAAAGUAGCUACAUGCGACGUGCAACCUGCUGCACAAUCUUUGCCCUUGCCUGGACCUGGUGCUUGGGCCCUCUUCUGUCUUCACUAUCAGUCGUGACUGUGCACGACGACUAGUAGUACAACAAGUAGGAAAAAAAAGCAUCAGCAUAAUUUCCUCAACUCGACCAGGUAAGGGCCGCAAGACCAUCCCCGCGCAGUCACUUUGGAACAAGAUCCUGGAAUCUCAAAUGGAGACCGGUGUUCCAUACAUGUGCUACAAGGACCUAUGCAUUGCAAAAGUAACGUACUAGCAUAAAUUGCAUUACAAAUUUUCUCAAGAAGAAAAGUGGAAUUUGUAAUGCUGUUUUACCUUUUGAGGAAGAUUUGUCAUGCAUAUUUGCAAUUAGUACAAGUACGAUACGUUUGCACAGCAUAGGACCACGCUAACAGCAAGUCCAACCAGCAAAACCUGGGGACGAUCCGUAUGGCGUUCUCAAACGUUACAUUCUCAACUGUUACAUGGUUUGUCAUGCGAAAUUGCCUUCAGAAGCGACACCAUCAAGCUGCUUCGCAUGACAAAUUCUCAGAGGGCCAAAUAGGGUGAUAAUCGGCGCCAAGUCUGUCAUGCAAGACGCGCAAGAUCUCCCCUAUUACUUUUGCCAUUCUUGCAUUACAAAUUUCAUGUAACAGUUGAGAGUGUAACGUUUGAGAACGCCAUAAUCCGCUGUUCCAAUCUGUGCACGGAAAUCUUCGAGUACACCAGUCCCGACGAGGUGGCCGUGUGCAACCUAGCCAGUAUUGCGCUGAACAUGUUUACCAAGGAAGAGGCCGUCGCUGCCGCGCAGGAGGGCGGGUCCAGUUCGAGCUCGAAGGUGCCGAUACAGGAGAAGUACGACUUCGAAAAACUGAAGCUUAUUUCCAAAAUGGUCACGAAAAACCUGAACAAGGUGAUUGACGUUAAUUACUACCCCGUGGAGGCCGCGGAGAAGUCGAACAGGAGGCACCGGCCAAUUGGUAUCGGCGUUCAGGGAUUGGCGGACGCUUUCAUGAAGCUCAAGUACCUAUCUAUCUUCGAUCGAGUUGUUUUCGUCUUUCUGACUCUACGGUUCGUGUUUGUUAAAACGCGAGCGCGGCACGAUUUUUUUCGGGUUGGUUUUGAUUGUUGUGGACAGAACAAUACAGCAGGCCGGCUUUUUAGCUCGUGGUCACUGGUAGUGGUGAGCGAGCCAAGGUAAUUGCUCCCGCUCUGCGAAAAAAAAUCAGGAUACCAUUCGAGAGCGAGGAAGCGCGGGAGCUAAACAAAUUGAUUUUCGAGACAAUAUACUUCGGCGCGUGCGAGGCAUCAAUGGAGCUGGCAGCAAAGAACGGCCCGUAUGAAACAUGGAAGGGUUGCCCGGCUGACAAAGGUAAUAUGCAAGCUUAAGAAUUUUGCUUGAGAAAGAAAAUCAUAAUUUGCUCACCUCGUCCGCAGGGAAAUCUUAGUGCUGCUUUUAUUGAAGUACUACAAACUAACGAUGAUCUUUCUGUCACGCACCCAUAUCCAACCUGACAAUCGAAUCGCGACACAGGUAAACUUCAAUACGACCUGUGGGGCGUGACACCAACGCCAUUGCACGACUGGGCGGCUCUAAAGGAAAAAAUUGCGCAGCACGGCAUGCGCAAUAGUUUACUGCUUGCCCCGAUGCCAACCGCCUCCACGGCACAGAUUUUGGGAAACAACGAAUCUUUUGAGCCAUACACGCAGAACAUCUACGUAUUGAAGACGUUUUCCUAUAAUUUUUUGACAUUGAUGACGCCGUGCACGUGCUGCAUUUGAUGGAAAACAUUCAAAAGUGACUAUCGUCUGCUGGAUUUCUCACCUCGCGAUAAUUUUAUCAGGUCCGUCGUGUGCUAUCCGGUGAAUUCGUGCAAGUGAAUCGGCAUCUUUUGAAGGACUUGAUUGACAGGGGGCUCUGGAACCAGGACAUGAAAACAAAGCUCAUCGCGAACAACGGGUCGGUGCAAACGAUUGCAGAAAUCCCAUCCGACAUGAAGGAAAUGUACGUGAAAAGAUGUUGUUGAAGAUGAAGUCAAAGUUUUUAACAGCGUGGAUGCCUUUUGGGUUUUGUGAAGCCGUUCUGAUUUCCUACUAAUUAUUGUAAUUGCGAAAUAAACAAAAACCACCGCAGAUACAAAACGGUCUGGGAGAUCAAGCAGAAGCGCAUUCUCGAAUUAGCAGCCGACCGCGGUGCGUUCAUUGACCAGUCGCAGAGUCUCAACGUGCACAUGACCGGUUGCACGACCCAGAAGCUUUCCUCGAUGCACUUCUACGGCUGGAAGCUCGGUCUCAAGACUGGGCAGUACUACCUGCGAACGAAGGCGGCUGUGGAGGCGAUCAAAUUUACGGUCGAUGUUACCGACACGAAGAAAGCCCAGGCAAAGCUGAAGGCGGAGCAGGAUGAGAAGAGCAAAUACGAGUGCGUGGGGUGCGGCAGCUGAGGAAACAAGUUGCUUUGAAUAGUGGCUGCAAGUCAACAUCCUCGAGAUGAACACACGCCACCUGUUUUGCACGAGAUAGGAGAAGAAUAAUCUUCACUUUUAGUUUACUUUUUGACCGAUUCCAAUUCAAUUAAGUAUACCUAUGCAGGAAAUAAAUGAGAAGUUGUUGCUUUGGAUCCAUCGACGAACUACAAAAAUCCGUCGUCUGGAUCGAAGCUGACUCGUCUAUUAACAUUGAUUUUCACUUCAUUUUUCGAUUUCACUUGCGCCAAUGGCGAAGUGAGCGAUGGCGGUUUUUGAACUAAAUUGCAUGCCGUUUUGAGAACAAGUGCCGUAGGGCUAGGAAUACUCGGUUCCGGCAGGUUAGAGGAGCUUCACGCGAAGAUAUAACCGGUGAAGGUUCUAGAACUUUAAUACCCACUAUCAAGCGAACUGUAUUCUACCUUUUGAAGGUUCUUCGUCUUUCUACGAAAGGACGACAAAAAACGAGAUAAUUUCAACUUUUUGGCAACAAAAAAUGCACUG